AUGAGAGAUACCUUAGGGUUCCAAAAAGAAAUGGUGCACUAUGUCUCAUUUUUCCCAACUGUUUCCUUUGAUGGUUGCUUUUGUUUUUCUGAAUGGUUGCCCUGCUGUUUCUGUGAUGUUGCAAUGUUUUUGCCCUAAACAGAUUAGGAUACGAUUUGCUUUUCAUCUUAAUGAUAUGCAGGUUUUCGAUCUGGCUUUCACUGAUGUUUUAUUUUCAGCAUGGACUCGCACACUGGCCCUACCACGGCACACCUACAAUACCACAACUCUGCCCAUAACUUUAGGAUCAUGCCACGACUGCAUUCCACUUAGAUGUGCAUUUUCUCAUUUCCCUACAUACAAUGCUUCCACCACUAUACGCACUAAUGAUAUAUAUUUGGUCUCCUUGCCCUCAUGA